AUGAAAGAAGAAGUGAUUGAAUAUAUAUCAAGAAGAAAAUUAUUUACUCAAAAUAACGAAUAUAAUGAAAGUUUUUUAUUAUUAUUUACUAUUGCUUCUUCAAUGAUUUGGAUAAUGGUACCAGGUUUGGCGUUUUUAUAUUCAGGUUUAGCAAGAAGAAAAUCAGCUUUAUCAAUGAUUUGGAUUGUCAUAAUGUCAUCGUUUAUUGGUGUUUUUCAAUGGUAUUUCUGGGGUUAUUCAUUAGCAUUUUCAGAUAAAUCAUCAAAUCCAUUUAUAGGAGAUUUACAUUUUUUUGGUUUUAAAAAUUUAUUAGGAGCAACAAGUGAUCAAACAGAUUAUCCUGAAAUUGCCUUUGCAUUAUUUCAGUUACAAUUUUUAUUAGUUACAUUAGCUAUAUUAGCCGGUGGUUGUAUUGCUGAAAGAGGUAGAUUUUUACCUGCCAUGGUAUUCUUAUUUUGUUGGGCAACUAUAGUUUAUUGUCCAGUUGUUUAUUGGAUAUGGGGUGGUGGAUGGGCAUCAACUUAUAAGUCUGGUGCUUUAGAUUAUGCUGGUGGUGGACCUGUUGAAAUUUUAUCAGGUGUUUCGGCAUUUGUUUAUUCAGCAUUUUUAGGUAGAAGAAAUGAAACUUUAAUGAUAAAUUAUAGACCACAUAAUAUCUCAACAAUCUUUUUGGGAACUUGCUUAUUAUAUGUUGGGUGGUUAUUUUUCAACGGGUUUUCAUGUGGUAAUCCAAGUUUAAGAGUUGCUUAUUCAAUGAUGAAUACUCAUUUAUGUGGUGCAUUUGGUGCUAUAUCAUGGUGUUUAUUGGAUUUUAGAUUGGAAAAUAAAUGGUCAAUGGUUGCUGUUUGUUCCGGUUGUAUUUCAGGUUUGGUUGCAGCAACUCCUUCUUCAGGUAUGAUUCCAUUAUGGGCUUCAGUUAUAUUGGGUAUUGUUGCUGGUGUUGUUUGUAAUUUAUCAACCAAAAUUAAAUAUUUAUGUCAUGUUGAUGAUUCAUUGGAUGUUUGGGCAGAACACGGAGUUGCAGGAAUUGUUGGAUUAAUUUUUAAUGCAUUAUUUGGUUCAGCUACAGUUAUUGGUUAUGAUAAUGUAACUGACCAUCAAGGUGGUUGGAUAGAUCAUAAUUGGAAACAAUUAUAUAUUCAAAUUGUUUAUAUAUUGGCAACAAUGGGUUAUUCAGCUGUUGUUACUGCAAUUUUAUGUUUUGUUAUAAAUAAAAUACCUGGAUUACAUUUAAGAAUUGAUUAUAAUGCAGAAGAAGUUGGUGUUGAUGAAGAUCAAAUUGGUGAAUUUGCUUAUGAUUAUGUUGAAGUUAGAAGAGAUUUUUUGGAUUGGGGUAAUCCAACUGUAAAUCCAACUUUACAAAAUAGUAUUGCCAAUAGUGAAGUUCAAAGUAUACAUGAAAAGACAGAAACUAUAAAUGCAGUUGAUGCAAGUUUAUCAACAGAUAAUACAGAUGAAAAAGAACUACAAAUAUAUCAACCAGAACAACAACAACCAAUUUCACAAAGAGAUGCUGUGCAUACUCAAGUACCGGUACAUAUAGAACCAAAGGCAAUGGUAGAAGUGCCGACAAAAUUAGAUUAA